AUGUGGGGAUAAUCCACGAAUUAGUGACGAACAUCUCUGACCGAAACCUGGCGAUUAUCGAAUCACUCCCUCCCGUCCGCUUACGAACAAAGACGUUGUUUAAUCAUAGGCGGACUGUCAGAGACUGCGCAUUAUCCCACGACUCAGGAUAUAUACCUCUGUUCCACCCAUAGAAGUCAUUCAAGUCUUCUCAACCGCGAGGUCUCAUUUCCGCUUUUUCCACAAUGGCCGCUACUGCGAACCACGCCAGUCACGGCUCUCCUCGUCCGAACCCCCAGAUUCAACCAUGCAGAUACAAAGUGGGAAAGACAUUAGGCGCUGGCUCAUAUUCUGUCGUAAAGGAGUGUGUUCACAUCGACACCGGUCGAUACUAUGCUGCGAAGGUGAUCAACAAGAGGCUCAUGGCCGGCCGAGAACAUAUGGUACGAAAUGAGAUUGCCGUCCUCAAGAAAGUCUCGAUGGGCCACCAAAACAUCCUAACCCUCGUUGACUACUUCGAAACAAUGAACAACCUCUACCUCGUAACUGAUCUUGCGCUCGGCGGUGAGCUCUUUGAUCGCAUUUGCCGUAAAGGAUCUUACUACGAAUCCGACGCAGCUGACUUAAUCCGCGCAACUCUUUCUGCCGUCGCGUACCUCCACGACCACGGCAUCGUACAUCGUGAUCUUAAGCCGGAGAAUCUACUCUUCCGCACACCCGAGGACAAUGCUGACCUUCUCAUCGCCGACUUCGGACUAUCGCGCAUUAUGGACGAGGAGCAAUUUCACGUUCUAACGACAACCUGCGGUACCCCCGGCUACAUGGCGCCCGAGAUUUUUAAGAAGACGGGUCAUGGCAAGCCGGUGGAUAUUUGGGCUAUGGGCGUGAUUACGUACUUCUUGCUCUGCGGAUACACGCCGUUCGAUCGCGAUACCGACUUCGAGGAGAUGCAGGCAAUCCUGAAUGCCGACUACAGCUUCCAGCCAGCAGAGUACUGGCGCGGCGUUAGCGAUCACGCCAAGGAUUUCGUUCGUCGAUGCCUGACGGUCGACCCCAACAAGCGCAUGACGGCGCACGAGGCGCUGUCGCAUGCCUUCAUCGCCGAUUAUAGCCUAGGCGGUGACGGCGACAGAGGCCAGAAUCUGCUGCCAACUGUCAAGAAGAACUUCAACGCGCGCAAAACCUUGCACGCGGCUAUCGACACGGUGCGAGCGAUCAACAAGCUACGGGAGGGCCAGGCGCAAGCUCACCUCAUGGACGGCAGCCGAUCGGCGGAGCCAGGGCGGGGUGCCCCGCCGUUGAGAGACGUGGCUAAAGGCGACUCGGGGUACUCGAGCACGCAAAAUGGAGACACGGAGAUGGGCGGCAUGGGUCCAACGUCAGGGGUACCAGCAAGCUUAAGGCCCGGCGCCGCUGCGAAUAGAGUCGUAGAGACGUCAAAGGGACUAUGGAGCGCAAGCCAGCCGCAACGGUGAAAUGGCACAGUAUUAGGGGGAAGAGACUAUGCUAGCAUAGUUGCCAGAGCGACGAGGGGAAUUAUCUUAUUAUUUAGAAUGCAUCUCAGGAAAGCGAGCGAAUAGGAACAUAGACCACAAAUAUUGCGACGAAGGGAUGAUUGGAGAUUAUCUAGGUAGCACGUAACCUAACCUAAUUGAUAUAAACGACCCAA